GAAAAUUCUGCAGAAAUCACAUGACUUGCGCUGUUGGGAAAGUUUGUUUUGUCUGAAGAAAAACAAAAAUGAUCUUAGGAGAAAAAGCAAUUUUCUUCUAAAAAUCUGUGAUAAGUGAGUGAUAAGAAAUGUGGUAAUCAUCCCAGCAUAUCCAUAACAAUCAACCGGAGAAUUCUGCAGGCGACAUUAAUUUUAUUUAUGGAUCAAGCGUGUUGAUAAAAAAAGGAGGAAAAUGACACAAAUAUUCUGCCCAGGCUAUUCUUGUGGCAAUUUUCACUGCAUUCCCCUUUUGCUUGAUUUGCAGGUCAGAGAAAAUUGUGCAUAAUUGGGUGGGAAGUGUGCGAAAAUGCCAUAAAUUCCUGCGGUGUAGUUUUGAAAAGUUUUGGUGCAAAGAGGAAAAAUCAGAGGGAAAUUAAAUUAAUUAUUCGUCAGGUUGACCCCCUUUUCAUUGGCAUAUUUACGGGAAAGCCAAUAACUAUGCCCAGUCAAACUGCCAUGGAGAGAAAAGUCCUCUAUGCUUUUCGAGGCUGGAUAGCAUUUAUAGCCUUUAUGGACUUUGGCACAGCGAUACGAUGCUACAUCGAGAGACGGAGCUUCCUUGGGGACCACAUGGAGGCACAAUUCCUUGAAGGUGAUUUCACCGUGUCCCGCAUCCUGGGAAUGUAUUGCAUUCUUAAGGCAAUAGCUUUAGUUCACUGCACCCUCUACAUUCACUACAAACCGAUCGUGAGCAUGGGGGGCUGUGGAUUGGCUUUGACCAUGGUGCUGUACUUUACGGAGGCCUUGUAUUAUCGCUCUAGCACUUUCAGUUUCUACGUUACAUUUCCCUGCAUUUUAAAUUUCAUCACCCUUGCAGGGUUAAUUUACAUCCCCCGACGCCUAAGACUGUGGGAUCCCCAUGCGGAUAUUGACGAUGAAAAUUCGCAACUGUUGAAGCAAAUGGGCGGCUUCAAGAAAAGACGAGGCCCCAAGAAGAACUGCAUCAGUUAAGAAAAGCGGUUGUUUUGUUAAUUUUUUUUCUUAACUUUUUCGGAAGGAUCAAGGGCAGGAUUACACUGAGUCAGUGAUAGUGAAAGGAACAGGAAAUUUCUUGGGCGAUUAUUGCCAUUUUUUAAUCACAACUCAAGCAGCAUUUUGUCCAUUGUAGUUAAAGAUUUUUAGGAAAAAUAACUUUUCAACUUACAAUUCAUUCAGGUUUCUUAAUAUGCUGCAAUUGCUAGAUAAAGCAAAGACAGAAUCUCAGCUUUGUGCAAUAAGCAAAACAAUCGAAAUAAUCUCAAAUAUUUGGCAAUAAUCUCUCUGUCCAUUAUCAUCUCGAAUUAAUAAUCAAGCUCUCUAGGAGUUAGUAUUUUACCAAAAAAAAAAAAGAAUGUAGACUCAAUUUUGUAUCCUUUAGAAGGAUUUUAGCUCCAGAAAAUUGCAUGAAUUUUUAUCUUAUCAUGAGAAUUUGUGAUUAAAAAGAAACAUUUAUUGAAUUAGAUAUAAUAGAUUCAAAUUAAAAGCUGAUUAGUAAUUUAGUCACAUAAAGUGCGAAUAAUCUUUCGCAGAAAAAAAUUGAUAGAGAAAAUUAGACUUUAAAAAUAUUUAUCGAGAUAUUUAUUAACAAAUUUUUGAAAAAAAAGAAACUUCCUACUUUUUCUGCAAAAAUGCAUUUUCUGCACAUUUUUACCAUAAAAUAACUUUUUUCUUCCUUAUAAAUUCUUCACAUUGCAUUAGAAAUAAAAUAUGACAAACCUCCACUGAACGAAUUAUUAUAAAAUACAUUACUAGAUUAUGUAAAGAUCAGAAAACUCAUAUAAAUCAAUAAAAGGGCUUUAUUGAAAAAA